AUGGCAACCAAGAAGAUUCUUGUGGUUUUUGGAGCCACCGGUGUUCAGGGAGGCUCAGUCGUCAAGGCAGUUCUCGGGGAUGCCAAAAUGAGAGAGAGCUGGACCGUCCGAGGAGUAACCCGUGAUGUGUCAAAGCCAUCCGCCAAGGAGCUGGAGUCACUGGGUGCCGAGACAGUAGCUGCCGAUUUGAACAAUACUUCCACGCUGAAAGGCGCCAUGAAGGAUGCUUAUGCGGUUUUUGCUGUUACCAAUUAUUGGGAGAGCAGGAGCGCUGAGGUCGAAAUGACCCAGGGAAAGGGUAUGGCAGACGCUGCCAAGGAAGCUGGAGUUCAGCAUUUCGUGUGGAGCAGCUUGCCUGAGGUCAAAGAGCAUUCUAAGGGCGUUCUCGAGCACGUCGAGCACUUUGAUUCCAAGGCCCACAUCGAGCAGUACAUCCGGAUAUCGGGGCUUCCUGCAUCCUAUUUUAUGCCUGGAUUCUACAUGUCCAACAUUCCGGGUGGGAUGUUCAGACAAGCACCUCCCAACAACGACUGGACAUUUGCUCUCCCAAUUCCUGGCUCUACACCAAUUCCACUUCUUAACACCGCCGAUGACACCGGGAAGUUCGUCAAAGGCAUCUUGAACAACCGCGAGAAGACACUCGGAAAGCGCAUCUACGGUGCUACAGACUAUUACACCAUUGACGAGAUUGUGAAGGAGUUCAAGGAACAAUAUCCUGAGGCUGGAAAGACCGCAAAGUCUGCUGAGUUACCUCAUGACGUCUUCAAAGGCAUCAUGAUGAAGACUGGAGCCCCAGAAAAGAGCGCCGAAGAGCUGUUGCAAAACAUGAGGUUGAUGAAUGAAUUUGGUUACUACUUCGGAGCUAGCUUGGAUGAAAGCCAUUCUAUCGUGAGCGAUAAAUUGACGACGUGGAAGGAGUUCAUGCAAAUGGCUCCAGCUUUUGCUGAAUUGAAGUAA